ACUCAGAUGAAUCUCAUCCAGUAGGCGAAGAAUAAACAUACCCUGAAGAAAACGAAGAAAAAACCCCACAAAACCACUGCGCCCCUGACAAUAUCCAAACCCACGUCCUUUCCCGCUCAUCACUCUCAUGCCUGCGCGCGCGCGCACACAUAUAUAUAUAUAUAUAUAUGCAUAUAUCUAUAUAUGUCCCGUGCUCUUUACAUUUCAGUUGCAUUCAUAAUAUAAUUCUCCCACACACUGCCUUCUCCGCGAUCGGAUUUCGGAGCUGCCACGCUUAAGAGAUCAUGAUAAAGAUAAAUUAGUAGCAAAGAUAUACCGCGAUGCGGAUGAGCUGCAAUGGAUGCCGGGUCCUCCGGAAGGGCUGCGGCGACGGCUGCCCCAUCAGGCCCUGCCUCCGCUGGAUCAAGACCUCCCAGUCUCAGGCCAACGCCACCAUCUUCCUGGCCAAGUUCUACGGCCGUGCCGGCCUCAUCAACCUCCUCAAUGCCGGCCCCGAUCCCCUCCGCCAUGAUGUCUUUAAAUCUCUGCUAUAUGAAGCUUGCGGGCGGAUAAUUAACCCGAUUUACGGCUCGACCGGGCUGCUAUGGACCGGCAGCUGGCAGCUCUGCCAGGACGCCGUGGAAUCCGUCCUCAAUGGUGUUCCCAUCACCAGGAUCCCCGACGACUCGGCCCUCGCAGGUUCGGGUCCGCCUCUCCAGGCUUGCGACAUCCGCCACGUGUCCAAGCCUAACAAGGGCUCCUCCAUCCGCCUCCACAGGGUCAGGUCCCGGGGAGGGUUCAAGCGCCGUCCCGCCACCAAGCUGGCACAAGCCGAAUCUGUGAGCCGUGAAUCUGAACUGAGCCAGGGUCCCAUCCGGUGCUCCGAGAGCGACGCAGUAUCGGCGGAGACCGAGGAGGCCUCCACGUCACAGCUUGAUGAGCGAGCGCCAGCAAUGGAGGACGGUCUCGAGCUGGAGCUCGAGCUGACCCUCGGGUUUGAUCGGACGGCUAAGAGAGCGUGUUCGGAGGGGAAGAGAACAUCUGGCGAUGGUUCCGAAGCCGAAAAAUGUCAGCUGCGAGUGGGUUUGUGACGAUUGGGAGUGAGUCGAGCCCCCUCAUCCAAUUACUUUGCGGCGGCUCGAUGGACAUGUGUUGACAACAACCUUAAUCCUCCUUUUUUUGGUUUUAUAUAUGUAUCUUCUCACUUUCUUUUUUUUAUGUAAAAUAUUUUUUUCGAGACCAAGUCAUGUCUCCAAUCAUGGACGGAAUAAGGAUUUUCAUUCAUGGGACAAAAAUAUUACUUGAUAUAAAUAGUACAUAAAUAUUAUUUUUUAGAGGGUAAAAUAUUAAUUUUACUUAAAAAAAUUUAUAAAUAAACAUAUUUUUGGAGUUAAAUUUUAAAAAAUUCAAAGUUUAGGGGUAAUUGCCCCCUGCCAAUACAUUGGCUCUGCUCCUGUCUCUGAUUUAUAUGUUCUUUAACUUUUAGUCCACUAGCGUUUGUGGGUUGGUUCGUUUUGUUUCGGUCUCUUAACCUGUACAAAUUGUUGAAGAGGUAACGGAAAAUUGUAUAUCGGUGAAGUUA